GCCUAACUGUCCAUCAAUAGAUGAACAUACAAAUAAAAAGUGGUAUAUGGCACAUUGUCUUCAGCCAUGAAGAGAAUCCAAGUCUUGACACGUGCUAUAACAAAGAUGAGCCUUGAAAACAUUAUGUUGAGUAAAAUAAGUCAUUUACAAAAGGACGAAUAUUGAUCCCACUUAUAUAUUGACUCUAGGGCACUGGGGUAUAUGGAAUUUAUAGAAUAAGGAAGUAUAUAGAGGCCAAAGUUUAUUAGUGAUUUGCAGGGAUAGGUGGGAAGGUGGAAGAAAGGAGGACUCAAUGCUUAGGUGAUACUAAGCUUCAAUGAAGGGAGAUGGAAACAUUGGAAAAUGGAUAAUGGAGUUGGUUGAACCACAUAAUGAGCAUAAAUUAAUGUCACUGAAUUAUACACGUGAGGAAUCUUGAAAUGGUAAAUGUUUUGUUACAUUUAUAUUUACUACAAUGAAAGAAAAAAAGGCUCAGGACCUUUAUUUAUCUCUCAAAAAACUCAAAAAUUUACAAAUCAAUAGAACCAAGGAAUUGUUUAUUAGAAUGAAAAAGCUGAAUAAAUUCAAGGUUGCAUUAAUAAAAAUUGUUCUCUUUGCAGGUAACGUGAUUAAGGGUCACACGAAAUACAUGGAGAAUAAGAACAAUGUGACAGAGUUUGUUCUAUUGGGGCUUACAGAAAAUCCAAAGAUGCAGAAAGUUGCAUUUGCUGUGUUUUUGGUCAUCUAUACCAUCACUGUGGUAGAAAAUGUGCUCAUUGGGGUCACCAUCACUGCCAGCCCAUUGCUGGGAUUCCCCAUGUACUUCUUCCUGGCCUAUCUCUCCUUUAUCGAUGCUUGCUAUUCCUCAGUCAAUACCCCUAAACUGAUUGUGGAUUCACUCCGUGAAAGGAAGACCAUCCCAUUCAAUGGAUGUAUGACUCAAGUCUUUGGGGAACAUUUCAUCGGAUGUGCUGAGGUCAUCCUUCUUACUGUGAUGGCUUAUGACCGUUAUGUGGCCAUCUGCAAGCCCUUGCACUACACAACUAUCAUGAACCGGAGAGUGUGUCGUCUGCUAAUUGGAGUCUCCUGGGUGGGAGGCUUUCUCCAUGCAAUCAUACAGAUCCUCUUCAUCUUUAGAUUACCCUUCUGUGGCCCUAACAUCAUAGAUCACUUUAUGUGUGAUCUGAACCCUUUGCUCAAUCUUGCCUGCACUGAUACUCACAUUCUAGGGCUCUUUGUUGCUGCCAACAGUGGCUUCAUCUGCUUGUUAAACUUUCUCCUCUUGCUGGCCUCCUACGUGGUCAUCCUGUGCUCCUUAAGGACCCACAGCUUAGAGGGGAGGCGUAAAGCUCUCUCAACUUGUGUUUCCCACAUCACAGUGGUCGUCUUAUUCUUUGUGCCCUCCAUAUUUGUGUAUAUGAGACCCGCAGCUACUUUAUCUGUUGACAAAGCAGUUGCCGUAUUCUACACCAUCAUAACUCCAAUGUUAAAUCCUUUAAUAUAUACCUUCAGAAAUGCCCAGAUGAAAAAUGCCCUUGGGAAAUUGUGCAGCAGGAAAUCUAUUUCAGAUGACAAACAUUUCUAG